AAUCGACAAGAUCAUUGAGAAACUGAGUUCAAAAAGGAGGAAGAAGUAACACCAAGGCGAGGCAGCGGUUUUAACAUCUUCCACCGGCCCGAACACCACCAUGGCUGAAACGGAGCAACAACAACAACCCCAAGAAGCCGAGGAACAAGCAAAGCCUGUACCGAAACAGAAGGAAGUUAUCGCAACCAAAGUAACUGGUACAGUUAAGUGGUUCAAUGUGAAAAGCGGGUAUGGUUUCAUCAACCGUAAUGACACUAAAGAUGAUGUUUUUGUCCAUCAAUCGGCCAUAAGUAAGAAUAACCCUAAAAAGGCCGUCCGUUCGGUUGGUGAUGGAGAAACUGUGGAAUUCAAUGUUGUAUUAGGGGAAAAAGGUAACGAAGCUGCCAAUGUCACUGGCCCCAAUGGUGAACCUGUGAGAGGGUCUCCUUAUGCUGCUGAUAGGCGUCGUUUCCGUUCAUGGUAUUAUCCUCGUGGACGAGGUGGUAGAGGAGGAGGAUCACGUGGUCGUCCUCAUGGCACAAGCCAAAGUGAAGGUGAGAAGGACGGAGCCCAAUCAGGCGGAGAGGGAGGACCUCAACAGCAGGGGCCGCCGCGCCGCUAUAGACCGAGACGCGGCAGAGGCGGUUUUAGAGGUGGCUUCAGAGGGGGAUACAUGAUGGGACCCCCAAGAGGUAUGUACGCGUAUCAAGGCAAUCCGGAGGAAAAUGGAGACGGAGCUCCGAUGCGUGGGCGUGGGCCGGGACCGCGUCGUUAUUUCCGACGCAACUUCAGAGGAGGCCGCGGAGGACCCGGAGGGCGGCGGCCCACGUCGCAGGACAGCCAGGGCCAGGGCGACCAGCAGCAGCCGCAGCAGGAGGGCGGCGGGCGUCAGGGGGGAGGCGGCAUGAGGCCGCGUUACCGCAGGCGGGGACCGCCGAGGCCCCGUAACGCCAACUCGCAGUCCGAGGGCGGCAACAACAGAGGCUCCCCUAAGCCCCAAGAGUCAUCUGCACCAGUAGAGAAUGAAGAGAGUCAGCCGGUGCAAAACACAACCACGGAAAGCACGGCUUAAGUGAGUGUGUGCCAGCAUUGACAUCACUAUUAAUUAAUUAUUUUUUAACAACUAGGGCGUGUUAUAAUAUGUAUUGUUUACUUCUAGCAGACAAAAGGCAUUUCAUUGGGAGAUCGUCGAUAAUUUCAGGGCACACGAAGUAACUUCCCCCUUUUUUUUGUUGUAAAUGAAUGGAUAAAUAAGAUAAUUAUUCUGCUUUCAGGAUGGUCUGCUGCCAAAACAAAACAUUUUUGAUACUUUUUUAUAAUCUAGACUAUGAUUUGUACUUGUCAAACCUGACUGAAAGCAGCGCUGCCAGAUCAUCGAUGAAAUGUCUUAAGACCUUAUGUCUUGCUGCAUUUUCAUAACCACUAUAAUUUGUAAACGUUUGUCAGCACUCAGUUUUUGUUGUGCUGGCCUUAAAAAAUCAAGAUACAACAUCUAACCAAAAAAUCUUUUCUUCUUUAAAAAUGGGGAGAUGGAAGAAAAAAAGAUUUAAAAAAAUUACAAAAAAAUCUGAAAAAGAGAAAAAAAAAAGAACAGACCGUUUCCUUUAAAAUUGUUUGAUAUGGGAAUUUUCUGAUAAAAUUUGUUUGUUUAAUUUGAAAUUUCUAAAUUUCAUGGUUAUAUUAUGGUUAGUUCCUAGUAUUUAAUUUAGAUUAUUUAUAUUAUUGUUUUUUUUUAUAAAAGUUAUUGUGAUCAAAUUGGUAAGCCGGAAAUAAAAAUCUGUUCUCAAA